UCUUCCAAGGAGUGGAGAAAUUACUAUAUCUAUUGGAGUAAAAAGGACUUUUGUGGACUUUCCAAAGUAGUGGUUCCACGUGAAUCUUUGUGGAUGCCUGAUAUCAUAAUUGAAGAAAUGACUGAAAAGGAUAAAAACGUGCCGAGCCCCUUUGUCACACUUAAUAACUAUGGCUGGGUGGAGUACAGGGAUGAUAAAUUUGUGGUCAGCACCUGCAAGAUGAACAUUUUUAAUUUCCCCUUUGACAUUCAGAGAUGCAAUAUCACCUUUAGGUCAAUCUCAUACUCUGACGAAGAGUUGCUCUUUUUCAUGAAAAAAGACAGUACAAUAAUCACGAAGGAGUCUAAUGACAAUAUCCGGAUGCAAUACGAAUGGAAGUUUCUCAAUAUGUCAGUCACUGAAAAAAAAGUCCAUAACUUUUACACCAACCAAACCGUUGUUGUCUACACUAUAACCAUGAAGAGAAAGUCUGCACUUUAUGUCGUCAACUUUCUGCUGCCUAUCCUCUUCUUCUUGUGUCUGGACUUUGCCUCUCUCUUGAUGCCAAUUGGUGGAGAUAAGAUUAGUUUCAAGAUCACGGUGCUACUUGCUGUUACAGUAAUGCAGCUGAUUCUCAUUGAAAUUUUACCUUUUACCUCAAGCAGGAUUCCACUUAUAGUGAUUUACUGCAUUGGGGUUUUUGCUCUGAUGCUGUCCAGCCUCAUAGAGACCAUUUUUGUGAAUUAUCUGAUGGAAAAAGACUCUUCAUCCCUGGAAGAUAAGAAAGAGAGUGUCAAGCUUCAAAUAAUAAAAACUUCCUCCAUUGCCUCCACCUGUGAUGAGAUGACCGAUCAAACACCAUCUAUGUGCAAAGGGGGCAGCAGCAGCCAGUUAUUCCUGGCCAUGGAGAAAGUCUCAGAUGAACUUGGAGAGAUUAAAAAAAUUGUCCUUGACAAAGAGUCUGAAGAGAAGAAGGAGGGUUACUGGACCGGAGUCGCCAAGAAAAUAGACAAGAUUUUUUCCAUUCUAUAUGUCUUGGCAGCCAUUUUGUUUUUGUCUGUCGUCUUCUCAGUGUGGCUCUUCAAAUCAAACUUACCAAAAUGAUGCAGAUAUUAAUAUUGUUCAGAUCUGAGAAAGCAACAUAUCCUCAUCAUGGAGCUGCAGGUUCACUUUGACUAACAAAGUAAUUGAAACUCAACAAUUACAAUUAGUGACGUAAAAACAGGCAAAGUUAAAACAAAUAUGCAAAUCUGUGGAAAACAAUCAAGCUCCUCUGUCUCCUCCUGCUGCCUUUUGCAGAAAUAAACCGCUCUUCGUCAGAAACAUCAGGAGAGUCUUAGACCAUGUUCACACUACAUCCUGAAGUGAUCCAAAUCCGAUUUUAUUUAUUAUGUUUUUUUGUUUUUCUUUCCUUUUGGUGUGGUCGUUCACAUUUCCAAAUAUAUAUGACUUAUGUGUUAUUUUCAGUGUGAACUGCUACCAACUUGCAAUGGUCCCACAUGAGCAGUAGAGGGCUCAGUAACAGAGUUGUCAGUGUUUUGUCAACUACCAGAAAAAAAGAAGUAGUGUUCAGUAUUUGCGGAAGUAAACAUGAAUGCUAAUGGUGAAGCGUCUCUAACAACUUAAUUCUCAUUAUAGUCCGCCAUGAUUGUCGUUUUUCUUCCCGCUUGCGUGUAUCAGGCCACAGAAUAGUGACGAAUGUCAGGUAUCAAUGACAUGCCAGGCGGAUGAAUACGACCUGGCUUACAGACUCAGGUCACAUUUGAAAAGGUCCGAUUUAUAUUGGAAUUGGCACCACAAAUCCAAGUGACCUGGUCGCAUUUGAAAAGAUCAGAUACAGGCCGCAUCAAGGCAAAAAAAUCGGACUUGGGUCACUUAGGGUUGCAGUAUGAACGUAGCGUUAGUUGUGUCAAUCACACUCAUCGUUGUUUAACAUUAUGUUACAGGAAAAUUGCCACAUUGUCACGUUCACAGCAGCAGACUCUGCUGUGGGGGGAGGCUGCAGUGCAGCAGAGAGCAAAGGGGAGGGACAUGUAAGGUUUGCUGCUUCAAAAGUUUUAGUCCAAGUUCAGAGUUUUCUCAGAACUCUUUGCUGCUGCUUUAUUAAUCAUGUGAUAACUUUUGGCAAAAACCUCUACAAUCUAUACAUAAUCUUAAAAUGCAUCCAAAAGGUCAGAACUUUGUUCACUUUAUUAUAAAAUGUAGUGCCAUGCAAAACAUCCAUGCUUCUUAAAUGCUUUUUCAUUUUUUCAAAAUCUGGUGACAAAAAACUGUAAAGUGUGGCAUGCAACAGUAUUUAGUUCCUUUUAAUCUGAUACCCCUCUGCAGCUGUUGCCUUUGUGGGCCACCUAAUCUGUAAAUAGUUAACCUUUGUUUAAUGUAACCUCAGCAUAAAUAUAACUGUUCUUUACGAAGCAUUCAAGACUUUAAUAACUGUGCAGAAGCUGCAACCUGGAUGCUCCAUUCACACACUGAAGAUUGGUGGUGCUACUUAAUUACUUCUAUUGUUGUUGCAUGUUGUUAAGGUCAUACAUGUAAUAUACACCGACAAACACCUGCAUGAAUUAUAAGACUCAGCAUAAGAAUGUUUAUUAGACAAUAAAAUAAGGAUUUAUUAAUUUUUACAGCAGUAAUGUUGUUGUGCUUUCAAGGUGUAACUUAUGUGAA